AUGGAGGUCGCUGAAAGCUUUUGGUCUGGAGAUGGACCGAUACAAGCCGGCUUUGAACACAAUAAGACUUUCACUACCAACAAGUACCGCGCCCUCGCCUAUGUGAUUCCCAUGAUCGCUUUUGGUUUCCUUGGCAUCGAAACCGUCGCCGUAACCGCAUUCGAAGCACGCACAUCUCACUCUUUAAGGCUUCCAUCUCAGUCAAUCGCUUACAUUGUACUUUUGCUAUACUUUUUAUGUCUACUUGGACAGUGCCUCAACGUCUCAUGGCAAAAUGGGCAUCUCCCAUUGAUCUAUGCCGGCAUAGGGGACGAUGCAAGAGAUACUAAAAACCUCAAGGAUCCGACCUCCAGCAGUCUCGCCAUAAUUGCGCUCUGGAACUAUGGGCAAAAAGGUUUAGCAGGGUUUUUGAAUGGUGCCAUGAUCUUUAGCGUCAUAUCAGCUGGUAAUACCUCACUCUACGUCGCAUCGCGAACACUUUACGGUAUCGCGAGGGAUGUGCCGACAACGAACUGGCUGGGUAGGUUCUUGCAUAGCUUUUCUGUGGUAGUGCCAAAGACUGGAGUCCCAGCUCGUGCCCUGGUUUUCUCAGCAGUCGCGUUUAUAUGGUUGCCAUUUCUCAGUCUGAAAGGCGGAUAUGCAGUACAAUAUGUCAUCGAGAUAUUCCAGAUUUCUGCGAGUGUCAGCUGCCUGAUUGUCUGGGCUGCCAUAUCUUUUGCGUAUUUGCGCUACUACAUCUGGCUCAAACGCUGCGACAAGAAUCUUGUCGACAAGUACCAACAAUUCGAUCGUAGCGACGGCUCUUACCGACCAUUCACGGUACUUGCUUUCCUACAACCGCUUCCUGCCAUCGCUGCAAUUGCAGGCUGUGUUAUCGUCUUCGCUUUCUGCAGCGCGACAUGGUGGGAUAAAGAUGUCACAUUUUCAAAAGUCGCGAUUGGCUACGCGAGCCCCAUCAUCUUCUUUGUGCUAUUCGUCAUCUUCAAGCUUAUCAAUCGCCGGAUGUGGGUUCGUACAAGCGAUGACUUUGUCGCUCUUUCGAAGACGCUGGAUAGGCUAAAGUGGUAUAAAACGGACGAACUUGAUCUUAAUCGGCAAACUCAACGAGAGGAGGAAAUGAGAGUACUUGAUCUGCCGUAG